AAAGGAAAAGAAAAUGCGACUUUUGUAUUAGGCGCGAUGCGCGAAACAAUGGAGAGGUUGCAUAUGCAGUCCACCUAUCUUCCGAAGAAACAUGGAGUCCGUAAUUAAAGACGCGGGUGAGAUUUGGAGCCGACUGUUCGAUCACCGACCAUUCAUCCAAGGUGAAAUCACGUUCUUCUUGCGCGAAUUUGAGGAGAAAAGAGGUGACACGGAAGUGGAACGACUUUUCAAAAUACUUGAAUAUACGACGGAACUAAAGGAAAAUCAACUCGAUCGAACGGAGCAACUUGGAGAUUGUCAUUUGCCGAGUUUAAAAGCAAAUGUUGAUGUCGCACUGAGUAUGUGCGAAAGAGUUCUUCAAAGAGAACAAGACUUUGAUCCUGAUAUAGCAUUACAAGAGAACAGAGAAAAAAGGAAAGUAGAAUGGGAGAAGUUUGUUAAUGACAUGAGUGAAAAGUGUGAGAAAGUAAAUCAAACAUUUGAGGAAAAAGAGAAUGAGAUAAAAGAGUUUUAUAUUGAUCUAGAAAAAAAGUUACACAUUACACCAUAAAUUGAUCAUUCUUGUACUUUAA